AUGGAUAAGCAUGAACGCCCCUACACGUGCAAAGAUUGGGAGCAGGUCUUCACUUACAGCGGCUACCUUUCACGCCACCAGCGUGAGGUUCAUAAGAAUAAUAAAAUGGGGUCACCGAUAACGUGUCCCCACGGAGGCCGUGACCGUAGCGUUGGGAACGGAUCAACGCGGCGGGCGAGCAUACAAGAACACCUACGCCGACGCCACGUGCCGGACACAAAUGCUAAAGCUGGCCUUCGUGUUGAAGUGAGCCAAUUGCGUCGGGAGGCUCUUGAGAAGGGACGUCGCAUAGAGGAGCUGGAACGCCGCUAUGGUGGCCGGAGGGUAUAA